UGAACAAUGAGUUCUUUGAUUACGAUUCAUAGUAGUUGUUUUCUCUGCGCGGUUAACGGUCGAGAUAUCCAGGUAAACUUGCCAGACGGAGGCUGACUCCUGUGUGCUCCAGUCGCGGUAAAUCUCCAUUUGUAGAAGUUCUCCUUUUUGGCACGGUUAUAGCUGGGUUAUCAAACAUGGACCCACCAAAGGCGCUAUUUCUGAAGACAUACGGGAAAAAGAGGAGGAAGGUGUCUGCCUGGAUCUCACCUGACUACCGCAAACAGGCCUUCGACAGCACGUCCUACUCUUCGGAUGAUGUUUCCGUCUUUGAGCCCUCCAGACCUCAGAGGCUAAGGGAGAACAACACUAACCCUAGAAGUCGCAGAGCCUUGCGGCCUGCACGGAAGAAAGCCAUUCUGUGUAUGACUGAGGAGAGUCUGGAUGAGGAGAACGUGCCUCCUCACCCUCCACCUGCUCAGCAGGGGAGGACUACAAGAAUGAAGAAGACUAGUGUGGCCAAUUGUAAAGCAAUCCGUCCCACUGGGAGAAAGGCCGUGCUUUGUAUGACGGAGACGAGCAGUGAUGAGGAGAACAGCCGGGUUCUCGCUCAUCCUCCUUCUCAGCUAAUUCAGCAGAGCAAGAGAACCAGGAUGAGCCAGCUUGUGUCUGCACCAGGAGUUUUGACAAGGCGGAGGGGCCAGCAGGUUUCUGUCACCAGUGUGGAAGAAACGUCUGCACCAAAAUGCCAGAAGAAAUCUGUUAAUAUGAGGACGGACUCAAAUAUUCAUCGUUCUUCUGCAGGCCGCUUUGUAACCCACCGCAGAUGUGCAGCUGCCAUCAAACCUAAAGUCCCUAAGGCAUCUUUGAGUAUACUCAGCUCCUCAGAUGAGUUUACUUCUGCACCCUUUACUUCCAGCAGGAUUCAGCGACCUACCAGGAGAAAAAAGCUCCCUUCAGUAUUUUGGGUGUCUAGUGCAGAGAACUCAAUGAAUGCUCCCUUCCAGGAAAUGUCUCUCAAUGAGUUGGCAGAUCACAGUCUCGAACCAUGCCCCAGGAAACUCAUCUUCUGCUCUACACCGUCAGCAGGCUCCUUCGACAAGUGCGGGCACCUUAAACCGUUUUCCAUCAACGAUCUGUCCUACACUCCUUCCAUGUCAGGAAACUGCAUAGAUGUCCUGAGCACAUUUCAGGAAGUCCUGAAUUCACCAGAGCAGCUCAUCUCCCCACCAGAUUGUGCAGUUCACUGCCAGCAGAAAGACGCAGACCUACCUGACCACAUAGAACCAUCUGUUGAUUUAUUUUUGGAGCCCAAGAGAAGUAGUUGCAGUGAAGGAGCCAAAAGCCACAGUGAUCAAUCAAAGUCUAAGAAUGAAGGAGAAUUACAGAAUGUAAAUCUACUCUCUGCAGACAGUGGCAGCAGCAGUCAGUUUGUAUCAGCAGCAGGAGGGUUAGAGUGGCUGAUAGAGACUCUGAAGGAGAAAUGUUUGACCGUGCGUUGCACAGUGCCGCUGGAGAGAUUAGACUUCCUCACUAUGACUCAGCUGUGCAGUGAAACAACCUACUCAUCCUGUUUGGGACAUUCAAGCUCAGUCCACAGCCGACAAACGAAUGAAUGGCCUGUGGACAGCAGUGAAAUGGUUGAUAUGUCAGAGCCUAUAAAACCGUCAUUUUGUCUUAAGAAAUCUCCUUCAAUCAGUGCCAUAGAUGGUCAUUUACAAGCAGGUGAUAGUUUUGACCAAGCAGCUUCAGUGACUGACAGUCACAGCACUAACAAUUCUCCGUUAGCAAACUCUAAGCAGACAGCUGAAGACCCGACCGCAUCUAUGGAGCAGUCAGAAUCGGUACUUAAUGCUCUGUCUACGCACCACACGGACAGCAGCUCCGAGAUUAUCAUGGACACACAAUUAAAAUCUGGCAGUACCGUGCAGACAAUGCAGGACAAGAAUAUAGAGGCAAAGGAUAGAAUUCUCACUAAGAGGUGCUCAGUCCAGAUGCAAAAUCUAUCUUUGUCACAAGUGCAGCUGAAAGGCUCAAAGCAGAAAGAGGAGGAUUUGAGAGUAAGCAAGACACAAUCUGCUGAGGCAGAAAAUGCAGCAGUGCUGAAGGAGAAAUGUCCAACAGGCAAACUCAUUGUUGGGAUAAAGAGAGUAACUCUGUCACAAUUGAAAGAAAUUCAGAGUCCUGGAGGUACUGCACUAAGACCACCUGAAGAUGUGUCUGACUCAGCUAGUGAUGACCAGAGGAAGACUGACCCUCUGCCUGAGAGUGAUGGCAGUAAAGGGACGACUGCCUCGAAAGCCAGCGUGAAAAACAGACGGUUGACUAGUUCUGAGGAUAAGACCGCCUUGGACAAAGUAGUUGCAAAGAAGAGAAAAAUGAUGCCUGUGGCUCCCAAGGGAAAGAAACGGAGGAGCACGUCCACAGACCGACCUAGGACGAUGAGGAAGGCGUGUGUGAGCGGUAUGAGUGUGAGCCGCUGGAAGAACAAUGGCAGCACCAGCACACUAGCGACCAGGGCCGCGCAGACAGGCGGUCCCAGGGAUACAGACUGUAGCAUCAACGAGAUGAUAUCCUCAAAGCACAAACACCCAAGGGAGCUGUUGGGCUCUGGCAUGAAUUCCUCUACCCCGGUGACAGCAAGUCGGCUCAACCUCUCAUCUCUGCUGACUGAUCGCACACCAGACACGCACACCUGGAGCCGACUCAAAGCUGCUCUCUCUGUUCAUCGCAAAGGCAUGGUGCUUCUCACUCCAAAGAGUUUACGUCUGUCAGCGUCGGGCUCUCCUGUGAAGAUGGACAGUGCAGAUCGCAGUCUCUUUACCACACCCUUACAGACUCCGCUCCCCAAACAACUCCAGUCACAGCUGCCGAGCCAGUACUCGCUGGUUUGUGAAGACACAGACCUGUCAGAUGCAGAGAAGGUAUAUGCUGAAUGUGGCCAGCAGCAGCCUCUGCCCUGGGAACAGUGUAUUCUCCCCCGGCGUAUGAAAAAGUGUGUGAAGAUUGGGGAGGGGACCUUUGGUGAAGUCUUUUCCACCAUUAAUGAAUCAGGAGAUACUGUUGCUCUUAAAAUCAUUCCAGUAGAGGGCAGCGAGAAGGUGAAUGGAGAGGACCAGAAGACCUUCGGAGAGAUUCUCCAUGAGAUUAUUAUCUCUAAGGAGCUGAGCAGCCUCAAAGAGAAGCAGCACAACCAGACCCACGGUUUUAUUCUCCACUGCGUUCAAGGCUGCUACCCUGCAUAUUUCCUGAAAGCGUGGGACACAUUUGACCAACAGAAAGGCUCUGAGAAUGACAGACCAGAUUUCUUUGAAAAGGAUCAAUUAUUCCUAAUCCUGGAGUUUGAGUUUGGCGGCAUUGACUUGGAGAACAGCAACGGAACGUUGGCGUCUUUAGCGGUGGCGAAGAGCAUCCUUCACCAGGUUACUGCUGCCUUGGCUGUCGCUGAACAGGAGCUUCACUUUGAACACAGGGAUCUCCACUGGGGAAAUGUGCUGGUCAAAACAACCAAGCAGAAGACGGGGAGGUUCCUUCUGAAUGGAACGACCUACUCUGUGGAAACCAGAGGGGUGCUGGUGCGCAUCAUCGACUAUUCUCUCUCCAGACUAGAAAUCGAUGAAUUGACGGUGUCCUGUGACAUCUCAAACGAUGAGGAGCUCUUCAUGGGACAGGGAGACUACCAGUUUGAGAUCUACAGACUGAUGAGACAGGAAAACGGAAGUAACUGGGCUACCUACCACCCUCAUACCAACGUACUGUGGCUCCACUACCUGUGCUCCAAACUGCUUUCCAUGAAGUACCGCGGCUCAGGGGGGAGGAUCGCCAAGGACAUGCGAGAAGAGCUCACGGAUUUCUUUGAGAAUGUACUCAAGUACAGCUCAGCCACAGAGGCGCUGCAGAGCUGCCCUAUGUUUCAAAAGCACAUUCAAUAGCACCUCCUCUCCCCCUAUGACAGCUGGGAUUAGGCUGUGCACCCCUGUGACCCUGAAUUGGAUGAACAGUUGGACAAAGGAAUGGGUGGAAGAAGGGCCCCUCUUGCUAUAAAACUGAUAGAUGUACUGUAAUACAUAAAAACACCACCAGGAGGCAGUCUGGUGUAUUAUUCAGGUGAGCCCAGUGAGCUGUGAAACACGACUCCAACAGUAAAAAUGAAGUAUAACUAAACUGUUUGGGAGUAGUUUUUUUUAAUCCCCGUAGAUAAAAGUGAACAAACCAUGAAGAAAGCCGGGUGCACUGUGUGCCUCUGGAAAGGUGAAACUAAACACUGUAACACUCCUGGAUUUCUGUUUGAGGGUUUGUUUUUACACAAAUACCAUAAAAUAUGGAGACAUUUCAGGAAGGUAUGAAAAAAAUGGAUACCUCCAAAACAUGUUUAUAUUAUCUGUGAGUUGGUGGUGACAUUUAAGUCCUGAGAUGAUGAAAAUGAGUCAGCUGUCAGAUUAACAGUCUAUAUCAUGAUUGGACUUUUUAAAUCUAACACCUGACAGGUGAUUAUGGUAGUCUUUGCAAAGAUGAGAUAAUUUGAUGAAUUAGCCAAUAACAAGACUUGUCAACUGGAUAAUUUAUCAACAAAACUUACUGUACAAUUAAUUAUGCUCUAUCUUGAAUUGAUGGAUUUUCAGCUACUUCAAACAUUGCAAAUCCACCUUCCUGUACUGUGUACUACUUGCAGUGCAUGAAGUAUGAACAGACAGCAGGGAUUCAAGCGUCACAUGACCUGAAC